AGUGGGAGGAGCCUUUAAUAGUACGGUGCAACUUGCUUUCAAUAAAUCAGUUUGUCACUGCAGAUCAAAGUCGACCCAGACUUUCCGAACUCCGUGAAUUAAGGCUAUUGUUAACUUUAUAUUGUUCUGUGAUUGCCCGACAUUUUCACAUCGGACAGGUUGAAGCCAACUCAAUCGAGUGUAAUGAAGAACUGGGAAUCUACUAUUGCUCCUCAUUGUCGUUUCCAUAAAAAUUAACACGUAUUAGGUCUCGAAAAGGAAACUUUGGACUGUGAUAGGAAAUCAUAUUGUCACACCCUCACAUGCCUAGAUUCAUCUUAAACUAUGGUACCCUGCCAAGUGCACGUGACCUCCUGAAAAUGGAAUUCACUGUGUGACCUCACACAAAUCGAAAUAAGAUGCGAUUACACACCCAUAUCGCAAAUAUAUCUACGAACGAUAGCCCAGGGGCCCACUGUGCACCUAGACAGCUUACAGCCAAGCGAUAUCAUCUCAGCGGUCUCCCAACCAGAUCAUCAUCCCAAAAUGGCGCCAGCUAAUCCUCUCAUCCGAGAUAAGGCUUACAUUGGAGGUGAAUGGGUACCUGCUAAAUCAGGAGAGACCUUUGCAGUGACGAACCCUGCAACAGGUGAAGUGAUAGCUAACAUUGCAGACUGCGGUGCCGCUGACACUGACCGUGCCAUUGAGGUCGCUCAUGCCGCAUUUAAGACAUGGAAGAAGACAACAGCAAAAGAAAGAGCUGCUAUCCUGAACCGUUUCGCAGGACUGAUGGAUAAAAACAAGGAGAAUUUGACCAACAUCAUCAUUGCAGAAAACGGAAAGAAAUUGUUUGAGGCCUCAACUGAAGCGACAGGUGCUGCACAAUUCCUUCGAUACUUUGCGGAAGAAGCGACGAGGACAACCGGCGAGGUUCUGAUGCCACAUGACAAAAACAAGAGGGUCAUGGUUAUCCGACAGCCAGUGGGCGUGGCUGGACUUAUUACUCCUUGGAACUUUCCGAUGGAGAUGAUAACUAGGAAGGCCGGUGCCGCUUUAGCUGUUGGGUGUACCGUCGUUAUCAAGCCAUCAGAGGACACUCCAUUUUCUGCACUGGCUCUCUGUGAUAUGGCGAAGGAAGCAGGUAUCCCAGACGGUGUCUUCAACAUAUUACCCUGUUCCAGAUCUAAUGCUCCAGCUAUAGGUAAAGUCAUGUGCGAGAGUCUGCUGGUAUCCAAGAUAUCUUUCACAGGCUCUACAGCCACGGGAAAGAUUCUGUUGGGUCAGAGUGCGAACACAAUGAAGAAGGUGUCCAUGGAGCUCGGAGGCAAUUCGCCCUUCAUUGUCUUUGAUUCAGCAAAUCUCGAUGCUGCCGUGAUGGGAGCAUUUGCGCUGAGAUUCUACGGUUCGGGUCAGGUGUGCGUAAGUGCAAAUCGCAUCUUGGUGCAAGAAGGGAUCUAUGAUAAAUUCUGUGAGAAGUUGAAGGAGUAUGUAUCGAGUCUGGUGGUAGGAGAUGGAACUGAUCCAAAGACUACAAUGGGACCUCUCAUCAACCAGCGAGGUCUAGAGAAGGUAGAAAGGCACGUGCAGGAUGCGGUGAAAAAGGGCGCACGUCUCCUCACUGGAGGAUGCCGGUCAAAACUCGGAGGGAACUUCUUUGAACCCACUGUCAUAUGCGAUGUGCCUCCGACUGCCCUUCCAUUUUCAGAAGAAACAUUUGGUCCAUUGGCUUCAGUAAUCAAGUUCAAGACUGAAGAAGAAGCAGUGACCAUCGCCAAUAACACUCGAAUGGGUUUGGCGGGAUACUUUUACUCCAAUGACCUAACUCAAAUCUGGCGUGUCGCUGAGGAGAUGGAGGUGGGUCAGGUCGGUAUCAACGAUACCUUCUUCUUCAAUGAAUGGGCCCCAUUCGGAGGCAUCAAGGAAUCUGGCUUGGGUGUGGAAUGUUCCAGAUUUGGCUUAUACGAGUUCCAGAACAUGAAGGUCUUGGGCUUUGGUCUCCUUUAAGCGUUAGCAAUGACACUGUCGGAUGUUUUUUAAUGAUAAGAUACAACCAACAUAAUCAAGGUUCAAUAUCCUCAUUUUGCUUCAAGAGGAAGAGAAGGGGAUAUCAACUGAUGAAUUUAUUUGCUGAGUAAAUAAAAAAAAUGAUUGAGACAAUUCAAUAAACAAGUAUAACCAUGAUAACAAUGAAAGUUUUAGAUCACGUAGCGUAUUCACUGCCCAUAUCUUUUUUGUGAUCGUUUCCUCUAUCUUUCAUACCUGUUCCAUAACAUUGGGAGUGGGACCUUGGCUUCCCUAGCACAAAGAUUUGUAAUUAAUCGCAAAAUGGUAAUUCCCAAUGAAGGUAAUUGUUGCAUGCGCUUUGCUCAAAAACUAAGCAGGCCGGGACCAAUCAGAAUUAUCGUUUUUUAUUUGAAAAUAUUUUAUUUUUGCAAAUGUUUGAUAUGUGUAGCGGAUAUCAUGAAAUGAUUUGUCAUAUUAUUGUGCAAAUAUUAUAAGACUUUAUUAUCAGAGUGAUGUAUUUUUGGAAAGACUCCAGUAGACUAGGAUUUGAGCUCGCGUUCUUCAAGAUGGUUGCGGGAUAUUGACUUUAAACUGGUCUUUUAGAAAUAUGAAAUGUCCUGGAGAAAGAAUACUUCUUUACUAACAAGACGUAAUCUUUUCAGACGCCAAGUCAAUAUCGUUCAUAUUGAAAGUGAAAAUAUAAAUGAGUUGAAGUCAAUUCAAUAUGUACGAUGGUGAUCAUUAUGGAACUAUGAGUUGCAUGGUCAUGGUGGACUACAAUAAGUAGUGUGUUUAUUGUGUCUCCAAUCGCACUAAAAAGGGAUCGGGAAAUGGCAAGUAAGUAAUAAAUAGAAGAGUAGCUAAGAUGGAAGUAUACGCACGCACUUCAAUAUAAUAUUCAUAAGCAAUUCAAUAGAAAAUGUUAAAUAGUUUUGUUUGCAAAUGUAAGACAUCUAUAGUUGUGUACAGAAACGCUCAUAAUGCUAUCAAAAAUAUUUACAAAAUACAAGGGUGUUAUAUAGUGAUGAUGUUGGAAGUUGGGUGCAGUGCUGAAUUCAUUUAGAGAAUCUAUCAAAGCUUUGUGAUUUCAUGCAGCGGGAGAGAUCUUGUAAACGGUAUAAUGUUUUGUGCUCAAUCGAGUCCCAAAUUUAAAUCUUAAAUGCCCAAAGGCCAAUCCCACUCAACAACAUGUUAUUUCUUCAAUUAGAAAAACAUCAGAUAAGCAAAGCACCGAAUAUGUCAUCAAAAUCGGUUGUAUGAUAAUAAAGUGUUUGUAUUACAAAAGUUACCUCUAUUCUCAUGAUGCAGUCAUUACAUAAAGUACAUUCUGGUCAGUGUGAACAUUAGGGUGUCAAUGAUGUCACGCACUCACUAUUUCCUUUGUAUAUGCAAUUAUUUCAUUGUCAUCCCAACUUCAAACAUAUGCCCCAUAAUAAUACAAGCUUAAGAAAUUAUUUGUUAAUUGUUUUGCCAUGAUUUAAAAGAAUAUAUGCAAAUUGUUGAAUUUCA